CACAUGGAUUCCUGGGUGUGCGUCUUGCUGUGUGUUGUCUGCCUUCUGUCUCUGCUGGCUUGGAAGCUGAGCAGCACGAGUCGGCGUGAUGGAGGCGCACACAAGAUCCCCCAGCUGCCAUCACUUCCUGUCAUCGGCAGCCUGCUGAGUCUCCAAAGUUGUCAUCCUCCUCACGUGCUCUUCCAGAAGCUGCGGCACAAGUACGGCGACACGUACGCGCUCAUGAUGGGCUCGCAGCGCGUCAUCGUGGUCAACCAGCACCGCCACGCCAGGGAAGUCCUGCUCAAGAAGGGCAAGGUGUUUGCGGGGAGGGCCAGGACGGUGACCACGGACGUCCUGACCAGAGACGGUAAGGACAUCGCUUUUGGAGACUACAGCGCCACCUGGAAGUUCCACAGGAAGGUGGUCCAUGGAGCUCUCUGCAUGUUUGGACAAGGUUCUGCUUCCAUCGAGAAGAUCAUCUGCACGCAGGCACAGUCCCUCUGCUGCCUCCUCUCGGAGAAAGCUGAGGCGUCCGUGGACUUUUGCCCCGAGCUGACGUGCGCCGUCACCAACGUGGUUUGUUCUUUGUGCUUCAACGACACGUACCGCAGAGGAGACCCCGAGUUCGAGACCAUGCUUCAUUACAGCAAGGGCAUCGUGGACACCGUCGCCAAGGACAGCCUGGUGGACAUCUUCCCUUGGUUGCAGAUUUUCCCCAAUUCCGACCUGCAGCUCCUGAAACAAUGUGUUUCUAUUCGAGACCAACUUCUAUGGAGGAAAUAUGAAGAACACAAGGCAGACUACAGCGAUCAUCUGCAGAGAGACCUGGUGGAUGCUCUACUGAGAGCCAAGCGCAGUGCCGAGAACAACAACACGGCAGAAAUCAGCGCAGACAGCGUGGACCUCAGUGAUGACCACAUCCUGAUGACUGUGGGGGACAUCUUUGGAGCGGGUGUGGAAACCACCGUCACUGUGCUCCAAUGGGCCAUCAUCUACCUCAUCCAUCAUCCUGAGGUACAAGCUCGCAUCCAGGAGGAGCUGGACAGCAAGGUAGGCGAAGGGCGGAGCCCCCACCUUAGUGACAGAGGUAGUCUGCCUUACCUGGAGGCCACCAUCAAGGAGGUGUUGCGGAUACGUCCUGUGGCGCCUCUCCUCAUCCCCCAUGUGGCGCUCUGUGACACCAGCCUUGGGAAUUUCAAAGUGCAAAAAGGAACGCGUGUCAUCGUCAACCUGUGGUCUUUGCACCACGACGAGAAGGAAUGGAAACAUCCCGAGCUCUUUGAUCCCGGUCGAUUCUUGAACGACGACGGCACAGGCGUGACCGCGCCGUCGUGCAGUUACCUGCCCUUUGGAGCCGGGGUCAGGGUGUGUCUCGGGGAGGCCUUGGCCAAGAUGGAACUCUUCCUCUUCCUGUCCUGGAUUCUGCAGUGCUUCACGCUUUCCACCCCGCCUGGUCAACCCCCGCCCCUGUUGGAGGGCAAGUUCGGCGUGGUCCUGCAGCCCGCCAAGUACAAGGUGACGGCCGUGCCCAGACCGAGCUGGAAGGCAAAGCGUCAGGCUUGCUAACUUCAUGCCAUCUUUUUACAAAACCAUGUCUAAGUCACGCUCUCUGACAUUUUUUCAUGGGAGAGUUACUUUUACAAACCUAAACAACCUAAACCAGGGGUGUCCAAAGUGCGGCCCGGGGGCCAUUUGCGGCCCGCAGGUAAUUUUUUAACGGCCCCACGGCACAUUCUAAAAAUACGUUGAAAAAAAAAUUAAAAACAUAAAAAGUGGUAUAAAAGAGCAAACAGGUGAAAUGUAACAAGAAAAUGUUGCAUUAUUUACUCUAAUAACACAAAGCUGCCAUGCAGGCUGUUUCUUUCUUUAAAAAAUAAUAAUGAAUCAAAAUCAAUGUCAUUAUGAAUUAUUGACCUAUUCAAGGCUCCAUUUACUUCACAUUAAAUAUUCCACUUUGAGAUAUUUUGGGGGGAAAAUGUUGCAUAUUUUUUGGUUGCCAUUUCAAAAACAAAGUUUUUUAAAAGAAGGGCCUAAAACGAACAAACAAAAAACAUAAACAACAAUAAAACUUAUAAUUGACGGAUAGAUCUGAAGUUGAUCUUGAGACUAUUGUGGUAAAAGUUUAAAAAAAUGUUGGAUUUAUUUUUUUAAACUUCACUGAGCAGUACCGUUUUGGAUCCCCAAUAAUUUUAGUGGGACUUUUUUUUUUUUUUAAGUGUCACUGCUCAAAAAAAAUAAUGAAUUAAAAUCAAUGUUGUUAUGAAUUAUUGACCUUUUUAAGACUCCAAUUAUUAUAUAAUCUCAAAUAUUCCACUUUAAAAUUGUAUUGGGGGAAAAUAUUGCAUAUUUUGUGUUUUUUUCCAUAAAAAAACACGGUUUUCCUUGACAAAAAUGGCAUACAACUUAAAUCUUUAAAAGCGUUAUAUUGACAGAUAGACCUAAUGUUGAUCUAGAGAUUUAAACAUUGAAUAAUAAUAAUAAUAAUAAUAAUAAUACUAAAUAAUGACACAUUUGUAAUAUUUUUUUUGACCAAAACCUUUUGGGGUCCCCGGGAUCAAGUCUGAGUGGAGGCCUAAAUGUAUCUUUUUUAUACAUAUAUUGUAUUGGUUUUUAAAAUAAAAAAUAUCAAAAUGGCCCCCGCUUGCUUUGAUUUUUCAGUGUGCGGCCCUCAGUGGAAAAAGUUUGGACACCCUUGACCUAAACAAACCCAAUAAUCUUGUUUUGUCAGAAGAUGAACAAAAUGUUGCUAUCCACAAAUCACACUUUGCAUGAAAACUACUUUGUUUAUCCACCUCAGAGGUGCCCAAACUCCUUCCACUGAAAACCACACACUGACAAAACAAAGGAUGCGGCGGCCAUUUUGGUAGUCUUCAAAACCAGUACGAUAUAUAUGUACCAUAUUUUUCGGAGUAUAAGUCGCACCUGCCGAAAAUGCAUAAUAAAGAAGGAAAAAAACAUAUAUAUGUCGCACUGGAGUAUAAGUCGCAUUUUUGGGGGAAAUUUAUUUGAUAAAACCCAACACCAAAAAUAGACAUUUGAAAGGCAAUUUAAAAUAAAUAAAGAAUAGUGAACAAUAGGCUGAAUAAGUGUAUGUUAUAUGAGGCAUAAAUAACCAACUGAGAACGUACCUGGUAUGUUAACGUAACAUAUUAUGGUAAGAGUCAUUCAAAUAACUAUAACAUAUAGAACAUGCUAUACGUUUACCAAACAAUCUGUCACUCCUAAUCGCUAAAUCCCAUGAAAUCUUACACGUUUAGUCCAGUGGUUCUUAACCUGGGUUUGAUCGAACCCUAGGGGUUCGGUGAGUCGGGCUCAGGGGUUCGGUGGAGGUCAAAACACACCCGACUCAUCGUGUAAAUAAAAACUUCUCCCUAUCGGCGUAUUGCGGAUACGAUAACAGCAGAAGUCACACUGAUUUGCAGGUGUGUAAUUUGUUGUGAGUUUAUGCACUGUGUUGGUUUUAGGGCUGCAACAACUAAUCGAUUAAAUCGAUUAAAAAAAUAGUUGCCGAUUAAUUUAGUCAUCGAUUCGUUGGAUCUAUGCUAUGCGCAUGCGCAGAGGCUUUUUUUUUUUUUUUUUUUUUUAAAUAAAAUAAACCUUUAUUUAUAAACUGCAACAUGUACAAACAGCUGAGAAACAAUAAUCAAAAUAAGUAUGGUGCCAGUAUGCUGUUUUUUUUCAAUAAAAUACUGGAAAGGAUAGAAAUGUAGUUUGUCUCUUUUAUCCGAUUAUUAAUCGAUUAAUCGAAGUAAUAAUCGACAGAUUAAUCGAUUAUCAAAUUAAUCGUUAGUUGCAGCCCUAGUUGGGUUUGUUCUUUGAACAAGGUGAUGUUCAUGCAUGGUUCAUUUUGUGCACCAGUAAAAAAAACAUGGUAACACUUUAGUAUGGGGAACAUAUUCACCAUUAAUUAGUUGCUUAUUAAUAUGCAAAUUAGUAACAUAUUGGCUCUUAACUAGUCAUUAUUAAGUACUUAUUAAUGCCUUAUUCAGCAUGGCCUUAUUAUAACCCUAACCCUCUAACCCUGACCCUAACCCUCUAACCCUAACCAAAUAACUCUAAAUUAAGUCUUUGUUACUUAGAAUAUGUUUCCCUAGUGUCCAAAAAACUCUAAAUUAAUUAUUUGUUACUUGGAAUAUGUUCCCCAUACUAAAGUGUUACCAAAAACAUAUAACUUUGUCUUGAAUUUGAAAAAAUAAAAUAAAAUGUAUUUUUCACUAAAUAAUGCGCAUAUGAAACUGGUGGGGUUCGGUACCUCCAAUAAGGUUAAGAACCACUGGUCUAGUCUAUUACGUGAAUGAGCUAAAUAAUAUUAUUUGAUAUUUUACGGUAAUGUGUUAAUAAUUUCACACAUAAGUCGCUCCUGAGUAUAAGUCGCACUAUGAAAAAAACUGCGACUUAUAGUCCGAAAAAUACGGUAUAUAUUUUUUCAAAACUACAAAAUGCAAUUUCGGUAGAAAUUUUGUUUGAUUGCUGAAGAGCCAAAGCCGAACUGAAAUGCUAACAGUUAGCACGCUGGCCAUAUAGCGUCCAAAAAAAGAUAUGAGCAAAAUAAGCUAAAAGCUAGCAUGUUAACAGUACAACGCUAACCUUAGCAUUGGUGAAAUACCAAAAUAUAGGACACUGAUGUGUAUAUCUGCUAAAUUAACUAAAUCGAGCAUGUUAAUUUUAGCAUUCUAAAAUGCUAACUAAUAUGCGUCAAUUAACAAAAUAUAUUACUCUGAAGUGUGCAAUUUCGGUAGAAAUUUGAAGAGCCAAAGCCGAAGUGAAAUGCUAACAGUUAGCAUGCUGGCUGUAUAGCAGUGUUUUUCAACCACUGUGCCGCAGCCCACUAGUGUGCCGUGGGAGAUUAUCUAAUUUCACCUAUUUGGGUUAAAAAUAUUUUUUGCAAACAGUAAAUAUAGUCAGUAAAUGAUGUGUUGUUGUUGAGUGUCGGUGCUGUCUAGAGCUCGGCAGAGUAACCGUGUAAUACUCUUCCAUAUCAGUAGGUGGCAGCAGGUAGUUAAUUGCUUUAUAGAUGUCGGAAACAGCGGGAGGCAGUGUGCAGGUAAAAAGGUGUCUAAUGCUUAAACCAAAAAUAAACAAAAGGUGAGUGCCCCUAAGAAAAGGCAUUGAAGCUUAGGGAAGGCUAUGCAGAACGAAACUAAAACUGAACUGGCUACAAAGUAAACAAAAACAGAAUGCUGGACGACAGCAAAGACUUACUGUGGAGCAAAGGCGGUGUCCACAAAGUACAUCCGAACAUGACAUGACAAUCAACAAUGUCCCCACAAAGAAGGAUAAACACAACUGAAAUAUUCUUGAUUGCUAAAACAAAGUAGAUGCGGGAAAUAUCGCUCAAAGGAAGACAUGAAACUGCUACAGGAAAAUACCAAAAAAAGAGAAAAAGCCACCAAAAUAGGAGCGCAAGACAAGAACUAAAACACUACACACAGGAAAACACCAAAUCACUCAAAAUAAGUCACGGCGUGAUGUGACAGGUGGUGACAGUACACCUACUUUGAGACGAGCUAUAGUGAUGCAUGCUUGGUUAUGGUUUAAAGUCAUACCCAACAAUUGCAACAAAGACUUUUUACCGUCAACUGAGUUUCGUUUUGAUUUCUGCUGGUGGUGUGCCUCCGGAUUUUUUCAACGUGGAGUGCCUUGGCUCAAAAAAGGUUGAAAAACACUGCUGUAUAGCGUCCAAAAAAAGAUAUGAGCAAAAUAAGCUAAAAGCUAGCACGCUAACAGUACAACGCUAACCUUAGCAUUAGUGAAAUACCAAAAUACAGGACAUUGAUGUGUGUAACUGCUAAAUUAACUAAAUAAAUUGCGCAUGUUAAUGUUAGCAUUCAAAUAUGCGUCAAGUAACAAAAUAUAUUUUCUUGAAGUGUGUACCUUUUUGGUACACACUUUCGGUCUGAAUUUAGCAUUGGGGGCGUGUCAUCAACUGGGAGGGGGCGUGGCAUCAUGACAGAGCUUAAAAAAAAGAAUAAGGGGAGUCACCUACCACGUUGCCUUCAAGGAACAUAAAACAAUUAAAUGUAUAUUUGAGUAUGAAGUUAAAGUUAAAGUUAAAGUACCAAAAUAAAUGACUGAAAAUUAAAAAAAAAUAAAAAA